UUGGAGCCUGCCCGGGCUAUCUAUUCCUGAUUCUAAGCCUAAUUGAACAUAGGAUGAAAUUAUAUCCCAAUGAACGGGUCCUAUAAAUAAAUAUAAAUAAUCUGAAAGGAGAUUUGUGGAAGUAUCUGUGGAAUUGUGUGUGGUCGUAGCAUAUCCCUCUGUUCCCCCAAACAGCUGUUGCAGAACCUUUCCGCUAGGCAUGUUACCGCGUCCCGAGCCCUCCGCCAGCCAACAUUUGUUUGCUCUUCAGGAAGGGGGGUUUUAGCCCAAUAAUUCCCCGCCGCCGCUUCCACCUCCCAAUCGACGAUCCUUCCCUGCUCUUCUUCUCCUCUGUUACUGUUAUAGAAAGAAGGCCAAAAAAAAAAAUCAAGAAGGAAAGCGAGGAGAGAUCGAUCUGAGAUCGUCGGAGCUCUCUGAUGGCGACAAGAUACUGGAUCGUCUCUCUCCCCGUCCAGUCCUCCGCCUCGUCCCUCUGGAGCCGACUCCAAGAAUCAAUCUCCAAGCGCUCCUUCGACACCCUCCUCUACCGAUUCAACACGCCCGAUCUCCGAGUGGGAACUCUUGAUUCGCUUCUCGCCCUCAGCGAUGAUCUCGCCAAGUCGAAUGCGUUCAUCGAGGGAGUGUCGCAUAAGAUCCGGCGCCAGAUUGAGGACCUCGAGCGGGCUUCUGGCGUUGAGGGUGGUGCGCUGACGGUGGAUGGGGUUCCCGUAGAUUCCUACCUCACGAGGUUUGUUUGGGAUGAAGCCAAGUAUCCGACAAUGUCGCCACUGAGGGAGAUUGUUGACAGCAUUCAUGUUCUAGUAGCGAAAAUUGAAGAUGACAUGAAGGUUCGUGCGGCAGAGUAUAACAAUAUCCGCAGUCAGCUAAAUAUAAUAAACAGAAAGCAGAGUGGAAGCUUAGCUGUCCGUGACCUUUCCAAUUUGGUAAAGCCAGAGGAUAUCAUCACGUCAGAACAUUUAGUGACACUUCUUGCUGUUGUUCCCAAGUACUCUCAAAAGGACUGGCUGUCAAGCUAUGAAACAUUGACCACAUAUGUGGUACCUCGGUCAACAAAGAAGUUGCAUGAGGACAAUGAGUAUGCUCUUUACACCGUAACACUCUUUGGUAGGGUGGCUGAUAACUUUAAAACAAGUGCACGUGAAAGAGGAUUUCAGAUUCGUGAAUUUGAAUACAGUCCAGAAGCGCAAGAGAGUCGGAAACAAGAGCUGGAAAAAUUAUUGCAGGAUCAGGAAAACAUAAGGAGCUCUCUUUUACAAUGGUGUUAUGCUAGUUAUGGAGAGGUUUUCAGUUCCUGGAUGCACUUCUGUGCUGUACGUGUCUUUGCAGAGAGUAUUCUCAGAUAUGGUUUACCACCAUCAUUCUUGGCGGCAGUAUUAGCACCUUCAGCAAAAGGUGAAAAGAAAGUUCGAUCUAUUUUAGAAGAGCUUUGUGGCAAUGUCAAUAGCACUUUCUGGAAAUCUGAAGAUGAAGUUGGCUUGGCUGGUCUAGGUGGGGAAGCUGAGGCUUAUCCCUAUGUCUCCUUCACUAUCAAUAUCGUUUAAUAAAAAUUGAGCUCAGAUUGCCCCAUUUCAACUAGUUGAAAAACUUUUCUCAUACUUAUUUUCAAUCACAACAUCAAUGCAUAGAUAUUGUAUUGUAUAUUUAUUCCAAUUCUUUUUUCAUGUAUGUGAUAUUCUGCAGAAUUUUGUUCUGGGGUCUAGUAAUAAUAAAUAUUGUGAUCUUUUUGAACCUGAUU